ACUGCUAUAAGUCUGUGGGAAUAGUUGAGCACGCUAGAAUCUCGACUAUCAACAAUGUAUAAGUCUGUCUUCAACGGUGUGAUUGCAAUCGUGUUCAUUUGGAGCAAUGUUGCAAUUCUGUGCGUACUGUGUCCAAGCCCUUCUGGAAUUCAUGAUGACUCGAAGUUAGCUGGACAGAUGAAACUCUGCUGGAGGAGAUGUGGCCUCAGGCUUCAAGCAGAUGACGCGGAAUCAACAUCAAAUGAAGGGUGAUUAAGCAGUUCUUACACUGAUUUAAUGCAAUGUUUAUUUUAGUUCAAAGACAAACUAAAAGGCAAGGAAUGUUUAUAAGUCUAGAACUUAAUCACCACGAUUAACCGCGAGGGACGUAAUUUCAUAAUCUGCAAUUCCGAAGUCGUCUUCAUCCAAAAUCAUUGCUAGUUACUCUAAUUACCUACAAAACCGAAUGGAGAAAUCGAAAACAAAAGUACCUAUAACACUAAAAACAAGAAAACAUGCAAGGUAGUAAAACAAUCUGCGAAAUGCGGAAAAUUCAAAUACUACUUUCAAAUUUUUCAGUAGGAAUUUCACAUUAGGGUUUGAUGGCUAGCUCUCAGGACUUUCUUUUUAAGUUACGAUGUGUUUAUUGAGGUUAGUUUUCGGUUUUUGCGCUAUGAGGCUGCGCUAUGUAAUGAUAAGAUGACUGACGAAAAUAACACACUCGAUUAAUCAAUCUUACCGACAAAUACCUUGGCCAUGCCGAUGGCUUCUGUGAUAGCGUUGUGCCUUUUGCACGUAAACUAUCUAGUUUCUAGAACAUCUUUUUAAAACUUCCUGUCCACUGGACCUCGAAGAAUUUUGAUAUACGACGGUUUCAUUUCUAAAAUUAUCACUCACGUGAGAGAAAGAAUGUUAGGAUUAAAAUACCUUAAAGGCCCAUUUCCAACCUUGAUGCCCGGUCGUUUUGUUUUGUUUUUCCAACCCUUGAUGCUGGAACGAGGUCGUUAGUGAUUUUCGGACUUUUGAAUAACCAAGUCUUUUGUUUAAAUAGCUUCUGGUAUAUAAUAACAUGUCAUCUUACAGCUUACCGAGCGUCACGCAAUCGCUUUUCCGCGAUCAGCCUUCACGAUUAUUUGCACUAUUGUGGAAAAUUCCUGGCCCAUUUCUUGAUGAAAAUCGAUCGUAAUAUAAUUUCAAGCCUUCAACAUAGUCUUCUUACUUUGCGCGCGAGUUGGUUGGUGUGAUGUCUGUACAGAUUUUACCAAUGUAAUAAAAGUAGAUGACGUGAAUAAUAGUGAUGAUAAAGCAAGCUUAAAACGGCAACAAUCGUCAGAAACUACUACGGAUACACAGGGUAUGAGUAAGUUUUGUUGAUUUUUCGAGAAAAAAUCUUCAUAUUUCGAAAUAUUUAUCGUUGUAAAUCGACCAUAUUUCGUUCCCUAUACUAUUCCUUAUAACGUGUUCAAAUUUUCAACGGUUCCUAGAAUAACUUACUCUGAGUCACACAACGCGUGACGCGUUCGUGAAUUACUCGUUGGCUCUUUCUCGAAACGUGACCUUGGGUCGCCUGUGACAAGACAAUUGCGUAAACAAUACUUGACAUAAUAACAUUAUACACAAAAAACACGGGAUUUUGGAUCAUGUAUUUAUUAAAAAAGAAUAUCCAUACAACUACAAUGAAAACAAACAUAAGAUUCACCUUUCUGAUCGUGAAAUUAAUACCAUUCGCACUGUUAUCGUAUCUACGUUCCCUGGCAUCAUGUGAAUCCGACAUGGCGUCUUUCUUCACUAGCAGUUUGCAUCCUUUUGAAUUUUGUUCUUCAGUCUCACGGUAGUAGUGUUGUUCAAUAGAUUGCAUAGAGUAUAUGCAGUUUGAUUUCAGAUUUCAGAUUUUUCUUUUUACAACGAGUUUACGUUUUCAACUAAGACAUUGCCAUACUUGGCAUACAAGACAUACAAGGCAUUCAAUGCUUUCAUGGCUUUCAAGCGUUCGCGAUUCUGUCCGAUCCAAAAUUACCGCUCAAUAACAUCUUUUUGUGUGGAUUGGCCGCGAACAAUACGUUUUGUGUAUGCGUCUAUAAGUAUUUUGAGCGUUUGCCCCAUAAUGCUCCAGAUGAUCGUAAUCCAAUUACGUUGAAAUACAAAACGACUGACAAAAUAGUUUUAUGGGCAAAAAUCUUCUGUUCGUCAUGUGACCCGGCCCUGUCCGUGCAUGACAACGUCAAUCAUCAUCAAGAUAGCACGCGUGAUCAGCAUGUGAACACCUCAUUGGAUCACAGUGAGUUGUCAUGGUGUUGAGGGCCCAAUGACCUCUGGGUACUAUUGCGCAAUUUUUCCAUUUUGUGGCGGAGGUAAAAAACAAAAAAACAAAAAAAACAAAAAAAAGACGACAAAAAAACAAAGGCAUUUUAUGACUGGGCUACCACAGGUAUCCCAGUAAAAAAAAAACUAGACCCUGUGAGCAGGGUAACUGGGAUACCUGGAUGGUACUGGAUCCUUGGAAUCAAGUGUAGUGAUACUACGGGUGUCGGAUUAGUAUACUGAAAUAGUGAGCUCAAGUCUGGCUAAGGGCAUACACCUAUUUCAAAACAUAGGCAUGCUAUGCAUGCCAGAGUUAUUUUUUGUAGAGUGGGUGGAUUACUUGUGGUCUACAUUCUUACAAAAGGAAAGAAGAGUAUUAACGUGGAAAAGAACGAAAAUGUCGAAUUACCUCACACACAGGUAUUUUGUGGUAGAUUAUGUGUGUUGUGCGAAUAAAUGCAACCAAAAAUAAACUGUAUUGGUGCCACAGAUACCUGUUAGUACAAAAUGCAGACAGCAGACCGAAUACAAAAUAUAGACUGGAGACUGCAGAGUGGGUACAAAAUGCAGACUGAGAAUCUGAAGAGUUUUUACGUCUGGUAAAUAAUAACAUGUCAUCUUAUAGCUUACCGAGCGUCACGCAAUCGCUUUUCCUCGAUCAGCCUUCACGAUUAUUUGCACUAUUGUGGAAAAUUCCUGGCCCAUUUCUUGAUGAAAAUCGAUCGUAAUAUAAUUUCAAGCCUUCAAUAUACUCUUCUUACUUUGUGCGCGAGUUGGUUGGUGUGAUGUCUGUACAGAUUUUACCAACGUAAUAAAAGUAGAUGAUGUGAAUAACAGCGAUGGUAGAGCAAGCUUAAAACGGCAGAAAUCACGAGAAACUACAAAGGAUACACAGUUCGCGAAUCAAUUCGGUCCAAAAUUACCGCUCAAUAACAUCUUUUAGUGUGGAUUGGCCGCGAACAAUACGACUUGUUUAUGCGUCUGUAAGUAUUUCGAGCGUUUGCGCUAUAAUGCUUCAGGUGAUCGUAAUCCAAACACGUUGAAAUACAAAACGACCGAUCAAAGAGUUUCUAAGCAAAAAUCUCGUGCUCGUCAUGUGACCCGGAACUGUCCGUGCAUGACAACGUCAAUCAUCAUCAAGAUAACACGUGAUCAGCAUGUGAACACCUUCGCCCUCAUUGGAUCACAGUUAGUUGUCAAGGUGUUGAGGGCCCAAUGACCACUGGGUACUAUUGCGCAAUUUUUCCAUUUUGUGGCGGAGAAAAAAAAAAAAAAGACGACAAAAAAACAAAGGCAUUGUAUGAGUAGGCUACCACAGGUAUCCCAGUAAAAAAAAAAGACGACAAAAAAACAAAGGCAUUUUACGACUGGGCUACCACAGGUAUCCCAGUAAAUAGCGCCUCUGAUUGGUCAGUUAUUUUUACCUUGUCACGUUGUCUCAAAAUACCUUCUGCGUUUUCUCCGAUGAUAAUAAAGAGCUUGUCAAAAUAAUUCUGCUUAAAACAGUUCUAUACGUUUUAAUCCGGCAUGGAAUCAGAUGAAUCCAUUGAUUUUGUAGAUUCCGAGGCAGUAAACACUUUGGAUCGGUUGUUCCUAAAGAGGAACACGAAAAUCCUGGCAAGUAUUUCGAAGAAGGUGAAAAUGUUGAUCCACCACGUUUUCAUCAAAUUUGCCAUCCUUGUUCAAUAGGACCGAGGGUUAGUCGAAGUUUCCUGUCCAUGGAGAGGAGCUUGCGCUCGAAAGAGUAGUCGAGGUUGUUGUCCAUGCAAAGCAGCAAGUAAAAAUUGUAACGCAAACUGUCAGUGUCGCUGACGUUCCUGGAAUGAAGUGACUAAACGGAUCAUGUGUACUAUAGGUGGCCUCGGUCGAAAUAUCGGCCGAUAUAUCUGUCGACUAUCGACCGACUAUAGGUUAACUAUCGGUCGACAGUCGAGCGACUAUCGGUUUAUAGUCGACCGAUAGAUCGGCCGACAGUGGACCGAUAAAUGUGCACAUAUCGGCUGAUGCAUCGGCCGACAGUCGGUCGAUAUAUCGGCCGAUUAUCGGUCGACUAUCUACCUUCAUUUACAAUCCUCAAGCACUUCUAGAAAGUGAAAAAAUUCCAACGUUGUCCGUUUCGCUGACCUUGUACACAGAGUGCGGAGAGAUCCAAGCGCGACACUAGGAAAAUUUUCACUGGACACGGUAUUCGAAUAACUAAACGUCCAGCAGUCUGAUAUUUUUCCAUAUUUCUCUUUGAAAAAUACUUAUUUCGAUGGGAAAUAUUUCACCUUCAUUUAGAAUCCUCAAGCGCUCCUAGAAAGUGAAAAAAAAUUUAACGGUGUCCUUUUCGCCGACUCUGUUCACUGAGUACGAAGAGAUCCAAGCGUGACACUGAAAAAGAAUUUUCUUCGGAUUCUUCCGGGUGUCUACAAAACAAAGACCGAAGACCGAAGACCAAAGACCGAAGACCGAAGAUCAAAGACCGAAGACCGAAGACCGAAGACCGAAAAACGAAGACCCUAAUUUUUUAGAAAAGACCCGCUGAAUCUAUAAAACGAAGACCCUCACUAAAACGCUUUGUCAGACGCCAAUUGACGCGAAAUCAAUGGGGUCUUCGUUUUGUAGAAAAAGCCCCUUGAAUCUAUAAAACGAAGACCCUCACUAAAACGCUUUGUCAGACGCCAAUUGACGGGCAAAAAAUUAGGGUCUUCGGUCUUCGGUCUUCGGUCUUCGGUCUUCGGUCUUCGGUUUGUAGACACCCUCUUCUUCCGGACAAGAUUCAAAAUACUGUGAGGAAACUGUAAAAUGUCGCAAUUGUCUUGUCUUGUCUCGAGAAAAAGACAACGAUUAAUUCAUGAACGCGUCACGCGUUGAAUGACUAGGUGUUAAGUUACGAGAGGAACCGUUGAAAAUUUAAAAUGUUAUAAGGAAUAAUAUAGGGAACGAAAUAUGGUCGAUUUACAACGAUAAAUAUUUCGAAAUAUGAAGAUUUUUCUCGUAAAAUCAAUAAAACUUACUCAUACCCCGUGUAUCCGUUGUAGUUUCUGGCGAUUUCUGCCGUUUUAAGCUUGCUUUACCAUCACUGUUAUUCACGUCAUCUACUUUUAUUACGUUGGUAAAAUCUGUACAGACAUCACACCAACCAACUCGCGCGCAAAGUAAGAAGACUAUAUUGAAGGCUUUAAAUUAUAUUUCGAUCGAUUUUCAUCGAGAAAUGGGUCAGGAAUUUUCCACAAUAGUGCAAAUAAUCGUGAUAGCUGAUCGCGGGAAAGCGAUUGCGUGACGCUCGGUAAGCUGUAAGAUGACAUGUUAUUAUCUACCAGACAUAAAAACUCUUCAGAUUCUCAGUCUGCAUUUUGUACCCACUCUGCAGUCUGCAGUCUAUAUUUUGUAUCCGGUCUGCAGUCUGCUGCCUGCAUUUUGUACUAACAGGUAUCCGUGGCACCAAUAUAGUUUAUUUUUGGUUACAUUUAUUCGCACAACACAUAAUCUACCACAAAAUACUUGUGUGUGAGGUAAUUCGACAUUUUAGUUCUUUUCCGCGUUAAUAAUUUUGGAAACACAAAAUAGCUUGGAAAGCGUUUUACUCUACUUUUUCUAAACUUCAAACUCCAUACUCAACAAUUUCCACCAAAUUUUCAAAAUGAAAGCUUGUUUAAAUUUGAGGCUUGUUAAUUGUCUCUAACAACAAGACGUUAGGCUGAACUAAACAGCUAACUGAGGUUUGAUAAUUUUUUGGUCAGCCUCAUUUUUUUAUUCGUACAUAAAAAACGAAUAAAUGAUUCUGUGUGCAAUGGUGUUGGUCAUGAAAUAUAUUUACAUACAGUGCCUUCAUUAUCUACUCAUUGGAGAAGCCUUAUUUUAGAUGGGAACAUAUUCUAUUCAUGACCAUUUUCUACUCCGUGAUUUGGUUACAUUGGUUGGAAGUUAUUCAACUGAUACCUUCUUAUUUUCUCUUGCAGUUACGUGAACGUCGUCAGUCUUCUUAUGAAGAGUGCCUAAGUUUUGUAAGGAAACGUAAGUAAAAUCUUUUGAAAGGUACUAUUUUAUCUGAAAUGCAAAUAGAGAUUCUUUCAACCAGUCUAUUCAUUAAAGAUCGGUUAGGUUUAAGUAAUAAUUAAGUGAAACAUUCCCCUUUUCCGUAAAAGAGGUGGUGAUCAUUCACAGCUGUGGACACACCAGUUCAUGCAGUGUUUCCAUUUCCGAUGCGACUGACGAAGUUUCGACUGCGUUUGCUACUCUUCUUGAAGGAGUAAGGUCGACUAGUAACUCUUCACCUAAUGAAGCAUUAUUCUAUCGCCUAAUUAACCUCUCUCCAGCAAUUUUAUUUUAGGUUGCCUUCGUUCACGUUUGAAUAAGCAGAAACAAUCCCUUGAUCAGCGAACGAAGAGAGAAAUACGAGGUAAUAAAAGAAUGUUUAGUUGGUGAAAAUCGUUCUGGCUUAGAUUAAAGGAUUGCUCUUUGAAUUAAAGGAUUCUCUUUGAGAGUGCUCAGUCUUUGUAUUAUUUUGCUUAUUUCUCACUACGACCAAAUUACGACUACAAAUUACGACUACAAAUUGAACAGGUAUUGAUGCAAAAUGGUCUGAUAGUACGGGAGGCCAGUUUCAUAAAAAUGUUUGAUAUUCCGUUUCACUCUAGUAACCCUUAGUAGUGAUUAGCAUGCAAUUUCUCCCUAGAAUAUCACCCCUGAUUCACGCAUUAAGGUCAUGAGAAUAAAGGAAAUGAUCACCAACGAAAGAAGCUUUUGAUCGGUAAACAAAUUCUCCUUGUCAGCACCUUAAGAAAUGUAUAAAGAACAGUAUGGAGAACAUGUAUUCUGAUUUUAAAAUGCGAAGGGGUUAAAGGAAGAGGUAAACAGACAUUUUCUAGAUUCACAUUUGAGACUCACUUUCCUCUCACGGCAAUAGGGAUCGCAAGCUUCAUACUAACUCAGGUCACGGACCGUUGACAAUGUGAUCAGAUUGGAUGUAGCGUAGGAAACAUAAUUCUGCACCCAAAUUUCAAAAUGAGGUGCUUGCUCGCGUGACAACAGCCUAUUAAAGAGCAGUAAACAAGUUUGAGAGUUUGUAUCGGGCGUAAGACCGGUAAACCGUAACUGACAUUCUAUUACAGCAUGGCAGUAUUGUGUACCUUUUUUCCUUUCCUUUUCUUCAGGUGCGGAUAAUUGCUUUAUUGAGCCGACGGGAAAAAAUGGUACCGUUUAUUCUCCCGAGUCUAUCAGCUUGACUUUAAAAAAUUGGAAAAGCUCUGGAGGAUAUGAAGGGGAGGUGUCAUGGAAACCUUUCAAAGGUAAGCUAGGUGAUCACACCAGUUUUAAUCAUCACUGCGGUCAGCCUGUAUUAAGCGGUCCGCACGCCAUUCCCCAUGGGUAAACGCUUAUAAUACAAGUUUGACUGUAUUUUCCGGAGAAUAUAUCCUAAAUUUAAAAGCUAUACCAUUUGGACGCAAUUCUCAGAAAAAAAAUUUCUUUUUGUCGAAAUUUCUAGUCAAAUGUUACACGUAGUGAAACUCUUAAAAGAAGACCCCAAGAUAAUUUAUUCCAGGUGUCCGCUUUUUAAUAGGGUGUCGGCUUAAAAAAGUCUCGUAAAUUGAACGUAUAGUUUUUUGGCACUCCCAUCGGUUGAGAGCAUGUCAGUUAAUCUUACCAGGGCGAAGAGGUGAUAGUAAAUAAAACGAAAAAAUUAAUUCAAUUACUUACCUGUUACAAACAGGUAAGUAACCAUAAGAAAUGCUAAAUUUGCUCUAAUUUUAUGCUUCGAAAAGAUGAAAAUUCGAAUCUGUCUCAGAGGUCUUAAUUUUAAAAUUUCCUCCUCUAAAGCAAACUUUUCGAAGGCCCAGGACACUUUCUAGGCUGCAAUGUAGAAUUAGCACAACCAGCUGAAUUAAGGUUCUUUGACUUUUUACCAGAUGAAGCGUUAAACUGGACUGGAUAUAGAGUAAUCUAUGUCAUAAACGAUACUGUCAUCAAAUGCAGGGACUUUGGCAAGGUGAGGAAAAUUUCCCCUUCGGAGCAUGUUUUUCAUUAAUUGACGAGUUUACUCAUUUUUGCUUCGUGGUGUGUCUGUUCACAAGAAGUCUACCACUUAAUUGCACUGAGACUGCCUCCCACAACUUUCAUAUGCUUUUUUUUUCACAACAGAUGACAUAGACUUACUAAAACUAUCACUUAUGUCUUCUCAAUGAGAUCGUUCUUAAGACUUGCUGGCAAAUGUUUCUGAUUUGAUAAAGAACUUUGACAAUUUCAGUGGGGGAUCAGGGAGGAGGGCUCGAGAGGUCCAGAACCCCCCCUACAACACUUAUCUACGUUUUGUUUUUGUUUUUUUAAUUAUUCAACUUGUCAGGUAUUAAAGUUCCUGGAAUUGCAGAAUCACAUUUUACUAUUUAAAGUUCUAUUUUCUCUAAUUGAACAUAUCUUGGCUUGUUGAGGUUUGAGAUCUGAUAAAAAUGUCUGUUAUUUUGUGAACAAAGAAUUCCCGCCUUAACCAUAGGCGGGAAAAAAAACGCAAUCGAGGCACCGUUUACCAGAGGAUAUAAAGAAAAAUGUAAAAUUACCUUUCCGAAACUGCCCAGUAAUGCCCCUAAAGAAAUGCGCGCGGUGCGAACAACAAUGUACAGAACCUUCACGCAUAUCUGUGACAGACUACUUUACGAAUGAUCCCUUACUGCACGGCCAUUUACAUUACCGCAGCCCAGGCCUAUAACUAUUAACCUGUUAACAAACCAUACUCUGAUGAGCUGAGUUUCUCGUAAGGUCGGAUCCUGUGAGCAGUGUCACCUUUACUGGAAGAUCGUACCUUUCAUUGCUCUUUCGUUUUGUAGCAGUCACUGACGCCACACCCCGCAUACCACCCAUUGCAGUACACCUUUGUACUAAGAUGAUGGCACACCGCUGCACUUCAAUGGAUUACACUUCGUGUGGUCUUAGGCUAUUGCUAAACGAUUUCUGAAAGCGUACUUGGCGGAUAUAGACUUUAGUUAAGCGAAAAAACUGAGAUACAUGCCCAGUUAGCAUAAUUUUACUGUGUCUGUUUCAGAAUUUUACGAGCUAUAAAAUACCAUUGAAAUUGCAAAGUGGAUGGGACGUGACUGCUCUUGUAAGUAAUUUGUGUCGUGCAUAUCAACUAACAGUUGAAUCAUAAGAUCGAAAUUUUUAUCGCGUGAUAGCGUCACAAGAAGUGUGGAAAGAGGAACUGAACUAGGCUGUUUGUUAUCUUACAUCUUAGCUGGAAGGCCUUUGCGCUUUAGGCGUGCCUGCUGAAAGGUAAAGCAGAUACCUCUUUCGUCAUUAACAUUCAAUUUGUAUUUACAUUUUCUUUUUCAUUAGGUUACUCUUCUGCCAUUCCCGACUGGAUACAAGUUUUCGAUCCCCUGUAAGCUAAUGAGACGUGUUAACUAUUAUCAAGAGGGUUAUGGUUAUUAAAUAUCGUAUAGAUACUCAAGUAUCAAGAAAGAGAAAUUCUGAACAGAUAUUACCAGCUUUCCAGAUAUUGACAGCCCGCCAUGCUGUGUAGAGAAUAACCCUCACAUGAUCCAACAUGGUUAUGAAUAUUACAUUCGAAAUCGAAGCCUAUCAUUCUUUAUUCCAAUCACGGCUUCGUCAAAUAACAUCGAAUGCCGUCAAGCCAAAGGCAAUAAAUGAAAUCGAUCGGCGUGCCAUGAUUUUCUCUUUUGAGACUUUUUUGCAAGAUCAUCUGGACUUCCAAGUUUUUUCUUCGGAAAACAUUUCUGAAAGAGCU